CCAAUAGAAAAGUAGCCAUGACUUCAACUCCAAAACCAAACAGGAAAAAACAGCAGCUAUAUCUUUCCUCUUACAUGCCGGCCACUCUUGUUUUCCUCUUCUAUGGCUCAAAUCCCAGAUAGCAGCUGCAAAAAGGAAAACCAUCAGCCUAAAAGAACCAGCAGUUGUUUCCUGGGCUGUUUUGGAUCAUCUAUUCCUCCCCAUAAGGUCAAAGAAAAGAGCAAGAAAAGCAGCACUAGUCCUACUACAACUACAAGAACUACAGUUUCGUGGUUUUCUUGGUCCAAGAAAUCCCCUAAGAGAACUGUUCCAGUUGAUGCUGCCACCAGUGAAAAGCUCCAUCAAAGAAAAGAUGGUUUUUUAAUGGCCAAAUCUAUCAAGAAAGUGUUAGCUAAACCUCCAAAUCUUCCAGCAGACGGCGCCGUCGCUGGUCAAGCUCCGGGUGGUCCGAUUGGUGAUGUGAUUGUCCAAGGGAAAAAAUUUGCUAAGUCAAAGUACGAAAAUGCUCAAAAGAUCAUCCUCGAGAAUAGCAAAAGCUUAAAUCGUUUGGAGUCCAUUGUGGAGGAGACAACGUAUAAAAAAGGGUCAUCUAAAAAACACUCUUCAAGUCAUCGUUCACCGGAGGACAAGCAAGCGGCUAGCCAGCGGGCCGUGGCGGUGAUCUCGCACUCAACCUCUAUGCCGCCACCGUCAAUACAGAAGAAACCCGCGGUGGGCAACGGUGGCGAGCAAAGUUUUCUCGUGAAGAAAGACAAAUCUCAAGGAGAAAACGACAAGCAAGGUGGCAAAUUUGACCGGUUUGUUGGGAUGUCAAUUAUAUUGGUGACCCUAACAAUUAUGGUAGUUUGGGGUAAGUUAUGUGCAAUUUUGUUCACUUCUGCAUGGUUAUAUUGCUUCCCUCUCAUCAAAGCCCAAAAGGUUGAACCAAAAGUUACAACAAGAAAUGGUUCAAAAUCCUUUGAUCUAGAUAUAAACUCAGAAGAAUAUAAGAAGAAGGUUGUUUUAGAGGGACUUCUGGAAAGAAACCGUAGGAAUAAUGCAUAAUGGUGUUGGAUUUUUUUAGUCUGGAACAAAUUUCAGUUGAACUUUUCUUUUCUUGGGUUUUUGUUUUUUUUUAGGGGGGGGGGGGGGUGUGGUGUUGAUUAAGGGUUGGCAAAAUGGUGCAUUGAUGUUGCUCAUUUAUGUAAUGCUGUUUUCCAACUAAAAGUGGCACAUUUGUUUGUAUACUUUAUAGGAAGAUCUCCUAAAUUUUGUGAAAGGAAAUAGAUAUCUUGAUCCAUUCUAUUGAUUUGUCCACUUGUUUAUUAAUUUGUUUAGCCAUUCAAAAGUAACUAGAACUCUGAAAGGCCAAAAAAAAAAAAACGAAAAAAAAAGAAAUAAGAAAUUAAAACUCAGAAAUAUAAAGGUUAGCUUAUAUAACGACUCCAAAAAGAGAUGUUAUGCUUGCACAGAUGAAUUAUGUUAAGGCAAUCUAACAUGAAAUCGACUAAUUGUCAUGCCUGUCCCAGAUGGGUUAUCGAAAAGAGGCCGUAUUCACUUGAAUUAGACAUUUUAAAAUAAUAAUUAAUAUUCGCGAAUCAUUGGGUUAACCUAAACCCAAAGUAUAGUAGGAUGGUGGGCGAAUAUUCGAAAGGUUUUCUUAUUUGGUGCCUAGACGUAUUAAAAAAGAAGAGUAGAUCAACUAUUAAUGUUUUAUAAUUGUCACCCACCUCGUGAAUUACAAUACUUUUCUACAAGAAAUUUAUCCUUUUGUCAAAAUUAUCACCCAUUUCUUGAAUUACAAUAUUUUUCUACAAGAAUUUUCUACUUGUUUGGAUUGUGAUUUUCUGCAAAAAAAAAAAA